GGAAGAUCUUUGUCAUUUAAGACCUUCCUCAUCUGGGUUUUAAUCAGUAUUUACCAAGGUGGUAUUCUGAUGUAUGGAGCCCUGCUGCUUUUUGAAUCUGAAUUUGUACAUGUCGUUGCCAUUUCCUUCACUGCCCUAAUCUUGACUGAGCUCUUGAUGGUUGCACUGACCAUACGAACAUGGCACUGGUUAAUGGUGGUGGCUGAAUUUCUCAGUCUUGGCUGCUAUGUGGCCUCUCUUGCAUUUCUAAAUGAAUACUUUGGUAUAGGCAGAGUGUCUUUUGGAGCUUUCUUAGAUGUUGCCUUUAUCACAACUGUGACCUUCCUGUGGAAAGUGUCAGCAAUCACUGUUGUAAGCUGUCUUCCACUUUACAUCCUCAAGUACUUGAAGCGCAAAUUUUCUCCUCCAAGUUACUCCAAGCUUACCUCGUAAAAGUAAUUAUAUUCCUGUGGUUUUUCGCUCACACCAGUCUGCAAAUUGCACAUUCACCGUGCUUUAGUGUCUAUGGGUUUAUGUGGGACUAAAGAAAUUAAAAAAUAAAAGAGCAUGAAUAGCACAAAAAGAGGAGGAAACAUCCGACAGGUACAAUAACAUAGAAGUACACUUAACAAGACUAUCAGAGAUAAACUAAACUUUCGUCAUAUUGAUUUUUUUUUUUUUUUACUUUCAGUUGCUAUGAUUAUAAAAUAAAAUCAAAUUGCCUUUGAUUUGACAA